AUGGUCGGACACUGGCAUCAACUAAAUGUUGCCGUCAUCGGUGGCGGUAUUGGAGGUCUUGCUGCCGCGACAUCUCUUCGCAGAGCAGGCCACAAAGUCACUGUCUACGAACGAGCCGACUACGCCGGCGAAGUCGGGGCGUCGAUCAGUUGCGCGGCGAACGGUACGCGCUGGCUCGAGGAAUGGGGUGUUGACACUGGGAUCGGAAAACCGGUGAUUCUGCAGAAGUUGAUCCGUCAUGACUGGGAGACCGGCGACGUGCAGGACGUGUAUGAUUUGUCGGACUAUAAGGAUCGAUGGGGUUAUGUAUAUAACAUGUUUCAUCGCGUCAACAUGCAUGAGAUGCUGAUGAUGUCGGCGACUGGUCCCGGGAAGGGUGAGCCGGCGAAGCUGGUAUUGAACCAUGCUUGCGAAUCGAUCGAUCAUGAAACCGGCACGAUCACCUUCAAGAACAAAGUCACCGUUCAGCAUGACUUGAUCGUCGGCGCCGAUGGAAUCGGAUCCGCCGUCCGACGCACGCUCGGCAUCCUCCCCGAGCGCAAACAAUCCACAUCAACAUGUUACCACUGCGUCAUCGAGACAUCGGAAGUCCGCCGCCUCGGACUAACUGACAUGUCACCGAACAGCGCGAUCGAGUUCUGGGGUGGACAAGGGAUCGACAAGAUCGUGUUCUCGCCGUGUCGAAACGGCGAGAUUCACUCGUUCUACUGCUUCUUCCCGACCGCGCUGAGUGACCACGCCGAGGAGGGCUGGAACUACGAGGCGUCACGCGAGCAGCUUCUCGCACCGUUCCCCAAUCUAGACCCCAAGCUGCUAGCCCUGUUCCGGAACUCCACGGACAUCAAGCCCUGGCGGCUGUUCGUGCACCAGCCCUACCCGUACUGGCAGAAGGGGUGCACCUGUCUACUCGGCGACGCGGCGCAUCCGAUGCUUCCGGACCAGAGCCAGGGCGCGUGUCAGGCGAUCGAGGAUGCGGCGGCGCUCGGUCUCGUCUUUAGUCCGGCGUAUUCGUACACGGAGAACGUCAGCGCCGGUUUGGGUUUGUAUGAGAAGAUUCGAAAGACGAGGGCCAGUCGAGUACAGGCGGCGAGUGCGCGCGCGAGGGAGAAUAUUUCGGAGCGGAUUGGCUUCUCCAGUCAGAAGACGAGCCAGCGGUAUAAGGUGGCGAACGAGAAUCAGAAGUUGACGAUUGAAGAGAUGAACGAGUACGAUAUGCAUCGCCAUGUCGCCGAGGAGGCAACGCCUGAGUAUCGUGGUCCGAGAUGGACGGAAGAGGAGGCGAUGAAUCGGGCGGAAAUACAGGCAAGACUGUAG